UGGCGACGGUCAGUGGUGAUGGUGGCGACGACGGUGGCGAAGGUUAAUCGCGGGCGUUCCGUGCGAUCCGCGCGAGCUCGAUAGUGAACGCGUCGCUCGACGGUGGGCAGUUGGCGGCCCGCCGUUGCUGAUAAAAGGUGCGACACGUACACAGCGCGGGGGCACGCGCGCGCGUUACGCACGCGGCCAUGCUGUAGCGUCUCGCCGCUGCGUGUUUGGGACACACAUCGCCGCCCGCGGCCGUCCUUGUCGUCGUCGUCGUCCUUGCCUUCCUCUCGCCGCCGUUCAUGGACAACGUGGUGGCGCACAGCCCGGGCGGGCUGGCGAGGCUGUCGACGCUGCUGGGCGCCCCGGAGGCCGCGCUGCGCCUCCUCGUCUCCAUUCUGCUGGGAUUCCCCGUUGCUCUCCUUCACAGGUACACGCUCUACGGCAAAGACCCCAUUCGUCAGCACUUAUUUUUCAUAGCGUGCGGUCUCUCAAUUGGCUACUGGAAUUACGAUUGUAAUAUACUCCAUUCAUCGACGGCAGUAUGCGCGACGUACCUAAUCCUGACGAUCCUCGGCAGCACCGGAUUGUCUGUCAUAGUGACGUUCCUCUUCAACAUGACGUACCUACUCUACGGCUAUUACACCACCAGUACCCAAGAUUACGAUAUAAAAUGGACAAUGCCGCAGUGCGUGCUGACCCUUAGGUUAAUAGGACUUGCAUUUAAUUUGUGGGACGGUCAGAAACGUGACGAAGAGCUGUCCGACAGUCAAAAACGCGUGGCGCUGAAGGAGCGACCGUCGCUACUGGAGAUUGCGGCGUACGCUUAUUUUCCGGGCGCCUUCCUCAUCGGGCCGCAAUUCAGUAUGCGACGAUACUUGGACUAUGUCAACGGUCUGCUCACAGAACGCGAUCCUCAAACCGGUGCCAUCAAGCUGCCGGAUUGCGUGUCGGCGGGAUUGUUACGAGCAUUCAUCGGUUUCAUAUAUGUAGCGAUAUUCCAAAUCGGCACGCUCUACGUUUCCGAUCAGUAUCUCUUUGAACCGUCGUUCCAGAAGCUAAAUUUAAUAAAGAAGUGCUUGGUGAUCGGCCUGUGGGGCCGCAUCAAUUUAUACAAAUACGUCAGCGUCUGGCUAAUCACAGAAGGGGUAUGCAUCACCUUCGGUCUCACUCACAACGGAAAAGACUCGAAAGGUCGUAUCAAGUGGGACGGUUGCGCGAACGUUAAACUGCGAACAUUCGAAACUACUACGCAGUUUAAUCACUACAUUCUCUCUUUCAACAUAAAUACCAAUCACUGGUGCGCCGAGUACAUCUACAAGAGGCUGAAGUUUCUGGGUUCAAAAAUGUACAGUCAAGUAAUGACGCUGCUCUUCCUCGCCCUCUGGCACGGUUUUCACUCGGGAUACUAUCACUGUUUCUUUAUGGAAUUUGUCGUGUUGUACCUCGAACGAGACAUUGGACCAGUAUUGCAGAACAGCGAGAAAGUGCAAACGCUCCUGAAAACGCGAUGGGAAGCGCGUAUACUCGCUUGGAUCUUUCUGAAGCUUUACACCUUCGUUUUCAUGGGAUACGCCCUCGUGUCGUUCGUACUUCUCUCGUAUCCGCGGUAUAAUCAAGUUUACUCUAGUUUAUAUUAUUGCGGACACGUGUUCUUCCUCUGUUACCCACUGCUCGCGCCGUACAUUAAACGGCUGGUCGGUCAUCAAAGACACGAACGUCAGCGAUCGCACCAAGAAUAAGAUGGCACGAUCUCUCUUUUCUUUUCCCCCCCUCCGACGUUAUUGAGUCAUUGCCCCCUGUACUUGUUUUUUUUUUCUUUCGCACCGUUGUUUGUUGCGAAUCGAUAUUCGAGAAGACGUGCAGCUGUGGUGUGAUGGACGCUAGUAUACGGUUACGUUCACUUACUGUCACUAGUCUUCAGAAAGAAAUGUGAUAGCGCAUAUCCAACGGAAGAUACGGGAUAUAAUAAGGCGUGUUACCAUCACUAUCGCGUUUCGCAACGGUUGUGAAUUCUUUAAAACGUAAUGCUGAAUUUCCAUCGCUUGAAUAUACGCUCGGCGAUCAAGUUUCGCGAGUGGACAAGUUCUCUUGAAGAAUCCAUCACCGAAACGAAAUGGCGAUGGUAGUGGGAUAUAUCCACGCGGACAUUACUGCUAAGAACAUUUCAAUUUGUAAAUCGACGCACCGUUUAGAAAAAAUUCCGCUGGUCGGGAAUUUUGUGUGCCUGUACUUGGAGGUUUCUACGGCCAAACGACACGAAAAUUGAAGCAAUUCCAGCAAACAGUUCUAGAUACUUCAGUAUUUUCCUACAACUUUUCUUGCGUCUCUAAUCGUAUUUUUGUAUAUGUAGCGCGUGCGAUUGGACAGUUUCAUUUACAUGUAUUUCAUUGGUAAUAGCAUCUGUUAAAACGCGUUAUGCCCUUUUAGCGAUAAGUUACGAAUAUUACACGUAGUAGUGGCCGCGUAAGCUAGUCAACAAUAUCUUGAAAGGAAAAAAGACUCUGAGGCAAAAGCAAUUGUGCAUCUAGAUAACGCAGUGAGAACGUCCAUUCGCUAAAAUAAUUUCAGGGAAAAUUGCGUUGCAGAGAACACCUAGGGAAUAAUACCGUGGUUUUUUAAGUGCGAAAAUAGCUAAGACAGCAUAGUCAGGUGUCGCGAUAUCAUGCACGAUUGAAAUUGAAAUAUAUGUAUAUUUUAUCGUAGUGCUACAUUUUACCGAUCUAAUGCGAUUAACCGCGUUUGCUAUACCUCUCUAAAUGUAAAUACGACGAUAACAGAUUUACCGGUAAUUCUAGUCGGGUGUAUACCUUCUACCGUGUAUACGCACGCUCUAUUAGUGUCGAUAUACGGUAUAAAGCGACGCGAGAAGCGAUUUUCAAUCUUAUACGUUUGCAGUUAUUUUUGUAGGUAAAAGUCUAACAACGAUCUACCUAUCUAUUCGUAUUGCAGUAGGAAUGCGGCUCUUGUGCACACAGCCCUUCGAACACACAGCUCAUCAAAAUUAAGAGAAAUUAGUGGAUACCAGUUCGAUAUACAAAGUGUCCAGAAACUGACAUACUUAGCGAUUUCUCGACCACCUAGUCGCUCGCGCAAUUCACGAGUAAUCAACAAGUUAGAUCGACAAAAGUGAUUCGUGGUACCUCGCACAUAACGACCUUAAUUCAUUGCAAGUACGCCCAGUCUCUGGAAUCUUUGACGUAGUUGUGCGCGUGCAGGUUUACAAAGUUGUAGAUACUGGAAGAGAUAGGAAUAUACAUAAGCGUAGCGCAGCCAGGAGUUAUAUCGUAUGCACUUGCCGAUAGCGUUUAUCAGGCUCGAAGCUGACAGAACGGUACAACGCGACUUUCCUGACGCGAGACCUUUCUACACUAGGAAUCACUGAUGCCUUCCCAUAUGAGUUUAGACACCGGUAGAACACGUACACAUUUUCCAUGUAUGUAUAUGCAAAAUGUACAAACGUGUUAAUACGUGCCUAAAUUCAUAUGGGAAGGCGUCGGUGAUUCCUAGUGUACUUAGUUGAUGAGUCGCGAACGGGUGAAUUUUAAUUUGGGAAUUAAAACUCGCGCUGACCGUUUGUCUCGUACUUAAAUACUAAAAUGGUAUAUUUCAUCAGAUUGCCAGUAUUGAUAUAAACAAAUUUAAAAUUUUAAUCGACCUCAGCACAUUUAUUGAAUACGCUUUCACACGUUUCGACCUUUGAUUUAGGUCCUUUUCAAGUGAGAACUUGUUACGGAGUUUGUCAAGUGAAAUUACAGCCACAGACAGUUUAGACACGAUGACACGACCUUAAUGAAAUCCUGGCUGAAUCUCAACGCCAAAAUUUGCAAGACAAACCAACGACUGAAAUUCUUGCUGCGCUGCAGAUCAUAUGAGUGAAAUGGCUCUUAUUUUUUAACACCGCUCGCCAAAUUGUGGCUAUAAUUUUACUUGACAAACUCCGUAACAAGAUCACACUUGAAAAGGACCUAAACCAAAGGUCGAAACGUUGUGAAAGCGUAUUCAAUAAAUGUGGCCAGCUGAGGUCGAUUAAAAUUUUAAAUUUGUUUAAAUACUAAAUGCGUGACGCUCGGCAAAUGCGCUCUAUCAGAUACUUGCGAAUACCUGAUCUUGGAAUCAUAUAUUCCAAAUGUCUUCGAGAGAAUCGUUAUAGUAAUCGCGAAUUUAGUCGACAGAUAACACGCGUGGGCAAUAGAUACAUUCUCGAGUACAGAUUUUCGGGACUCUCUAAAACAUCUCAAGGACAAUGAUAGGGAUUGCGAGUAAUGCUUGCGAUCUAGAUUUCAACAAUUUCGAUUUUGUGUUGCGUUAUCGAUAUGAGAGAACGAAACACUCGAGGGCGAAAGGGGCAGGAGGAGAAACGGAUUAUGAGAAUCUCCGAAGCGAGGGAUAAAGCUAUUCCUGAAAGAGAAAGGCGGUGAGGUGAACAACAUUGUCGGAAGUUGUUUGAUAUAAAAAAAGAAUGUAUUUACGAUUAUUUUCUUAAAAGAUACAAAAAAAACAUCGACGUCUCGUAUAAAAGUUA